AUGUCACUAAUCAGUGGGCCGGCAGAAAAGAAAGUCUCCAAAAUCGCCUCAUUGGUAACACCAGCAGACAUCGAUGACUCCGUACCUUCCUUGCAACGUGAGCUUGAGCUACUAUAUGAACAAAUCUCUAAAGAUGAAAAGAAGAAAGAAGAUUGGCGCGACGAUAGUCGAAUUCCAAGCUAUACGAGGUUCUCGGUGCCAUACCACUUAAAAUGUCGCGAUCGUUAUCAUAAAAGCAAGAAGACGUACGAACAGCAAUUUCAAUAUGAAAUCAGUCAAAUAAUGAAUAAUUUGAAUACAGCUUACGAGGCGGCGCGUUUUAAUCGGCAUUUGUGCAUUACAACCUUGUGGCCACCCAUGCACAAUCGCAGCGAACUUAUACACACACAAAGGUAUUAUUUCAGGUUAAAGCCUGCGCAGCGACGACGUUUGAAUCAAAUAUUGAAUACCAAUUUCCAUUGA